UGGCUGUGAGUUUGGCAGCAGCGCCGCCGUGUGUGAGGGCCCGGGGGCAGGAGCCACGAUCCCGGGGCAGGAGCCGGGGGCCAGGAGGCACGAUGAGCGGCCGUGUGUGCAAGAACUGCGGCUGCGCGGAUAUCGAUGUGGAUGCCGCGCGCGGGGACGCCGUGUGUACGGGCUGCGGCUCGGUGCUGGAGGACAACAUUAUCGUGUCCGAGGUGCAGUUCGUGGAGAGCGGAGGAGGAGGCUCCUCGGCGGUGGGGCAGUUCGUGUCUUCAGAGUGUACCGGUAAAAGUCUGACUAUCGCGGGAGGUUUUCACACCAACGUGGGGAAGGAGUCCCGAGCGCAAACUCUCCAAAAUGGAAAGAAACAUAUUCAUAACUUGGGGGUCCAGCUGCAGCUCAACAAACAUUGUCUGGACACGGCCUUCAACUUUUUCAAAAUGGCCGUCAGCAAACAUCUUACCCGUGGCCGGAAGAUGACCCACGUUAUAGCCGCCUGCCUCUACCUGGUCUGCCGGACAGAGGGGACGCCGCAUAUGUUACUCGAUCUCAGCGACCUUCUGCAGGUGAACGUCUACGUCCUCGGGAAAACCUUCCUGCUGCUGGCCAGAGAGCUCUGCAUCAACGCGCCCGCCAUAGACCCGUGUCUGUACAUUCCGCGAUUUGCUCACAUGCUCGAAUUUGGAGAUAAAAACCACGAGGUCUCCAUGACGGCUCUGCGGCUCGUGCAGCGGAUGAAGCGGGACUGGAUGCACACGGGCCGGCGGCCCUCGGGACUCUGCGGGGCCGCUCUCCUGGUUGCGUCCCGAAUGCACGAUUUCCGACGGACGAUAAAAGAGGUGAUCAGAGUCGUCAAAGUUUGCGAAUCCACCCUCCGAAAGAGGCUUACGGAGUUUGAAGACACUCCGACCAGCCAGCUGACCAUCGAUGAGUUCAUGAAGGUUGACUUGGAUCAGGAAUGCGACCCACCUUCCUUCACCGCCGGCCUGAAGAGGGUCAAACUACAGCAGCUCGAACAAGAACUGGCCAAAAAACUGGACGAUGUAGAAGGGGAAAUCACGUCGUAUCAGGACGAGAUCGAGAACGAACUCGAGAACAGCAGACCGAAAGCUAAAGGAAUCUACGCCUCUUUUUCUAAAGAAGAUUAUGAAGACACGACCUCCAGCGUUUUUGGCGAGGAGGAAGAUGACGAGGAACUCGAAGCCGCAGCGAAUCACUUAAACAAAGAUUUCUAUACGGAACUCGGCAACGCAGACAAAUUAACCUCCAAGAGCCCGGAAAAGCAGCACCGCCUCGAGUCUCUGCUCGGCCCCCUCCCCACGGCGGCCAGCUUGGGCAUCACGGACUCCAUCAAGGAAUGCAUAAUGGUCAAGGAGCAGGAAAAAUCCGGCAGCGUGGAAGACGGGGAGCUGGACCUCAACGGGAUCGACGACAGCGAGAUAGACCGGUAUAUCCUGGACGAGCGAGAAGCGGGAAUAAAGGAGGAGCUGUGGCUGAAGGAGAACGCGGAUUACCUCCGGGAGCAGAAGGAAAAAGAGGAGCGAAUAGCUAAAGAAAAGGAGCUCGGAAUCUACAAAGAGCAGAAGCCGAGGAAGCCGUCCAAGCGCAGGACUCCCAUCCAGGCCAGCACAGCCGGAGAGGCCAUCGAGAAGAUGCUGGAACAGAAGAAGAUCUCCAGCAAGAUUAACUACGACGUACUCCGCGACCUCAACAGCAAAGGGAACAGCACCCCGAAACAGGAGAGCGGCCCGGAGGAGGGCAUCGCUGGCAGCGGAAUACCCCGCCGGAAAAGCAGCGUCUGCCGGAACCUCGCCAACCCCGCCGGCAUCGCAAGCAAAAGAUCCAAACCUUUGGUUUCCACGCAGCCGUCGAAGAAGCCAGCGCUCGCGCAGCUGCCUAUGAAAGCAAAUCCCCCAGAGGUGAACGGCCCGAUCGUAGAGAGCGGGCCGGUGGCGUACAGCCACGAGGAGGAGGAGGAGGCGGACGAGGAUGAGGAGGAAGAGCACUGUGUAAGCGCGCUUCAAUUAAUGGGAGCCAGCGAUUACGGCUGCGAAAUGGACGACGACGACGGAUAUUGACGCAGAAAUACGGGACUUUUGGGCGCCGCGUUUAGGCGAAGCGUGUUUGUAAAAUACGGACUCGUAUCUACGGUGCUGUUCUGUGAUCAGCAAAGCAGUCGGAACUUUGUAAUAAUAAGUGUCUAAAAUCCUCCCGAUUUGGGUCGGUUCACGCUGGCCCUGAACCCACGAACGUCUUUGGGUUUGUAGUACUUGAAUCUCAUUUUUUUUUUAUUUUUCGUCAUUAUUUGUUUUCUGGAGCCUUUUUCUUGUAAACAUUUUGAUAAAUCGUACAAUUUAACAUUAAAAUACUAAUAAUGUA